GCCCCGCCCCGCGCACGUGGCCCGGGGUCCUCGGUGCGGGCUGGCCGCGGCGAACGCCGGGCGCGGCGCGGGCGGUGACAUUGAGCGCGCAGCCAUGGCCAAGGCGGCGCAGGGGCUGGUGCAGCGGCUGGUGCAGCGCGGGCCCGAGCUGCUCGGCGCCGCCGUGACCUACUCGAAGCCGCGCUUGGCCACGUUCUGGUACUACGCCAAGGUGGAGCUGGCCCCGCCGACCCCCGCCGAGAUCCCGCGGGCCAUCGACAGCAUGAAGGGCCUGGUGAGGGCGUUCCAGAGCGGCCGCCUGGCGCAGCUCACCGUCAAGGACGCGCUGAGGAACGGCCUGGUGGCCACGGAGGUGCUGAUGUGGUUUUACAUCGGGGAGAUCAUCGGCAAGGGCGGCCUCAUCGGCUACAACGUGUGAGCCCUCCCCUCGGCUGUGCCACCCUGCUGGGUCUGGGACGGCGUCUGCAACAAUAAACUGGGAGCCUGUACCGA